CUUCCGAUCGCGGCCGUGGCCAACUGCUAUAAACAGAGGUUGACAAUUCAACAAACCACAACCUCAACCUUAGACGGUCAUCGUCUUCAGCCAUGAUCAGAGCGACGCGCUCAUCUUUAGGCAAACGUUCUUCUUCAGCCAUUGUCUCCUCGCCUCCUCCUUCACCAGCGCCCCUCAAACGCGCAAAGACAAGCGCGUCUGUGGUAAUCCUUCCCGAUGGCUCUUAUGCCAAUAAAGAAAAUAUUCCUCCAGCACCAGAACCCGUUGAACGCGAUGCGUUGACGCGCUCGCCGCGCCUAAGAGUCGCACGUCAAAGCAGUCUUCGUCGUGAAAGUUCUUCAGACGUUCGAAUGGAUAAUAUCACGACGCCACCACACACCCCGACUCACUCAGACUCGACUUCGGGUGAUGCGGACAGAAGUGACGGCCUUCCACGGAUCCCCGCCCCAGUGUUUACUCCGCUGAAAACUCCUUCGCGUGCAAUGGGCGCUCUUUCUCUCGCCACACCUCCAUCAACACCCCCGCCAUCUCUUCAUUCUCGUGCACGCGCUUUGCUCCGGUCCACGUCUGACGCGGAUGUUGUUGGGCGUGAAACAGAGCGGCAGAUUAUUUUGGACUUCCUCGGUCCAUUUUUAGACCCAACUGCCGGGCCCCGGUCACUUGCUACUAGUCUUUAUGCUUCUGGGAAACCUGGCACUGGGAAAACGGCCCUUGUAUCUUCCAUCUUAGCUUCUAUUCCUCCUGAUGUUGGGAAAUCAGCAUACAUAAACUGCAUGGGUCUCAAGGAUCUUUCUUUACUUUGGGAACGCGUUUUGAUGGCUCUCGGCGGGUCUGGAUCGAGUAAGAGCCGGGCAUCAUCUUCAUCGCUCCAACGUUUGGAAUGUGCUCUGGAACGCGAGGGCACCAAAUGUGUACUCGUACUGGAUGAGUUAGAUGCAUUUGGGCCAGCUGGAUUAUCUGCCAUAUUUGCCCUCCCUCACCGUCAUGUUUCGACUCUGCGAGUCAUCGCCAUCUCAAAUGACUUGAUCCAAAGCACGUCCUUUACCCAUCGUCCAUCCCUUGCCCUAUCAUUUCCUGCCUACUCUGCCGCUGACAUGCAGGCUAUUAUUCGUGGCCGCCUCUCAAAGCUCUCUGCGGGGGAUGAUUCCGAUGCGUCUACGCAACUUAUCCAUCCUCCGGCAUUGACCCUGCUGGUCAAAAAAGCUGCAAUGCACACCGGUGAUAUCAGGUAUGCGCUGGAGGUGCUUCGUCGUGCCAUUGAUCUUGCCGCCCAGGAGAAGGCUGCAAAGGCCGACUGCAACGGCCAAGUUGCAAUGAAACACAUUCUCGAUGCGUUUAAGUCCGCCAGCACGUCUAGGGCUAACCCGGUCGCAACCACUUCCGGUCGUAGCCCACUGGAUGGGUGUAUCGGUGUGCUUGGGUUGCAUGCUCGCCUCGCCCUCAUUUCUGUUCUGUUGUCGCACCGUCGUUCAUCACAUAAUCUCUCCCUCGAGGAUAUUUCGCUUUCCAGCGUUAUAUCUGACCCUUUCGCAACUCCCAAGUCCAAGUCCAAAUUACGACGAUCUGUGUCUCAAUCAUCUGACUCUCCAACAAGCCCUUCGAGAGUAUAUUCAUUAUAUACCCAAAUAGUUUCCACCCCUUCAUCGAAGUUCGACCCGGUGUCUCGAAGCGAGUUUUCGGAUCUCUUGGGCGUUUUGGAGACGUCCUCACUUAUAUCCCUGCCCGUUACUGCCUUAGCUUCUCCAAGUAAAAGUGGUCGUCGCAGCUCCCGUUCCAGCUUUUGUGCGCCUACGAUAGGAGCAGGGCCAGGAGACAUAUCCCUUUCUGUCGCAGAGGAUGAGGUCCUAAGGGCCGUCUUGACAAAGUGCGGGGAAGGAAAUGUCUUGGAGCAAGAGAUUGGUAGCAUAUGGGAGAGAGAGUUGAAAAGGAUUCAACAGUCCCUCAAACGACGGGGUGAACUUAAGGAAGAGGAGAAGCUGGCUCCUGAAGAUUACCUCUCAUGAUGACCCGCAGGCUGCGCCGACGAUCAUGGUUCCAAUAACUCAACCAAAGUUUCCUCCACUAAUCACUUUAUAUGCCGUUUACAAUCGAUCUGAACUAAUAUGCAAAACCAGACUCCCCUCGUUCUAUGUCUCGAUUUUUUUUCCUCGCCUAUGUUUCCAGCUUUCCUCAUUCAUUCUUCAUCGCAAUUGUUAUCAUUAUAUGUUUACUCGAGUAUGGCAUAUCCCUCGCUUUGUGUCCCUCCACUCCCGUGCUUUUUUGGGGACUUAUCCUCGUUGUCGCGUUUGAAAAUGUGGUCCUUUUCGUCGACUCUUGAAUUUUUUUCUUUAACCUUAUUACUUUUGUAUUGUUUUAGAGCAUGAAAAUCAAAAUUAGAAUGUUG